CGCCCGGCGACGUGGCCGGCGGUGGCGGCGGGGCGAUGCGCGCGGGCGGCGCCGGGCGCACAUGGCCAGGAUCGGCGUUUCCUGCCCGUCGUGGCGCGCGACGGGUCCCUGCCCGGGGCCGCGGCAGCGCCCGGCGGCGCUGGGGCUGGCGCUCGCCCUGGGGCUGCUACUGCUGCUGGCGGCCGCCGCUCCCCGCCACUGGGCCGCGCCACCCCGCGCCGCGCGGCGCGACGAGAGGUACCUGGCGCGGGCCGAGGAGCUGGCCGCCACCGAUACCGAGGACUCGUCGCUCAACUACGGAGUGGUCGUAGACUGCGGGAGCAGCGGGUCCCGGGUCUUUGUCUAUUUCUGGCCGCCGCACAACGGGAACCCCCACGACCUGCUGGACAUCAAGCAGAUGAGGGACCGGAGCAGCCGCCCUGUCGUCAAGAAAAUUAAACCAGGCAUCUCGGCGGCGGCGGCGGCAGCCCCGCAGCGAGCGACGCCCUAUCUGCGCCCUCUGCUUCACUUCGCGGCCGCUCACGUCCCUGCCCAGAAGCACAAGGAAACGCCGCUGUACAUCCUGUGCACGGCGGGCAUGCGGCUGCUGCCCGAGAGGCAGCAAGCAGCAAUCCUGGAAGACUUGGUGCAAAACGUGCCCCUGGAGUUUGAUUUCCUCUUCUCCAAAUCACAUGCAGAAGUGAUCUCAGGGAAACAGGAAGGUGUCUUUGCUUGGAUUGGUAUCAACUUUGUCCUGGGACGGUUUGAUCAUGAGGAUGGGCUGGAGGAGCCCCGUGAGGCUGCUGCAGGGGGGAGCAGAGGAAGGGAGAAGGUGCCAUCCCAGGCCCUGCCCCUCCCUGACACGCUGCUGGGGGUUGCAGAUGAGGACGCAGUGGUCACUGUAGCACUGGGGGACCAGGGGGAGUCCUUGGUUCGGAAGCGAACAGUCGGGAUCCUAGACAUGGGAGGGGCCUCGCUGCAGAUUGCCUACGAAGUGCCCGACUCUGGAGCCUUCCCUCCGCAGCAGGAGGAGACUGCUAAGAGCUUGCUAGCAGAAUUCAACCUGGGCUGUGAUGUGCAGCACACUGGCCACGUGUACCGUGUCUACGUCAACACCUUCCUGGGCUUCGGGGGCAACUUUGCCCGGCAGCGCUAUGAGGAGCUUGUGCUGAACCAGACCUUUGUGCACAACCGCCUGCAUGGCCAGCAGACAGGGCUGAGCCCUGAAACACCCUUCCUGGACCCUUGUCUGCCCAUGGGGCUGGAGGACACAGUGGCAAGAAGUGGCCAGACUCUGUAUGUGCGGGGCCAAGGGGACUGGCCAGGCUGUGUGGAGCUGCUGCAGCCACUGCUGGCUGGGUCCAACAGCAGCCAGGACUCCCUGUUAGGGGCCUACAAAGCACCCAUCGACUUCGGCAACAGCGAGUUUUAUGGGUUCUCUGAGUUUUUCUACUGCACCGAGGAUGUGUUGCGCCUGGGUGGCCGCUACAGUGCCCACACCUUCACCGCUGCUGCCAAGGAGUACUGCAGCCAGCGAUGGGAGGUACUGACCCAGCGCUUCCGUGGUGGCCUCUACUCUGCACAUGCCGACCAGCACCGCCUGAAGUAUCAGUGCUUCAAAUCAGCCUGGAUGUACCAAGUCCUUCACCAGGGAUUCCACUUCCCACUGGAUUACCCGAGCCUGCGCACGGCCCAGCUGGUGUACGACCGCGAGGUGCAGUGGACGCUGGGCGCCAUCCUCUACAAGACACGGUUCCUGCCACUCAGGGAUCUCCGGCAGGAGAGCAUCCGGCAAGCACACGCCUCCUGGCUGCGCCUCUCUUUUGUCUACAACCACUAUCUCUUCUUCGCCUGCAUCCUGGUCGUGGCACUGGCCAUCCUCCUCUACCUCCUGCGGCUGCGCCGCAUCCACCGCCGGCAGCUGCGUGCGGCACAGCUCACGCGGCUCUGGCUGGACAAGGUGGUGGUGCCGCCCAGCCAGGGAAAGGGACCGUGACACCAGUGGUACCUGCCGUCCAGUUGCACCAGCAGAACCAGGGUUGGCUGACAGCCUGGGCUCCUGGGGCUUGGACUCCUUAAAGACCAUCUCAACUCUGCACUCAGAUCAUCUCCACAUCAGAACUAGAGCCUGGGAGUCAAGGCAGCUGUGGUUACCAGAGCUUUCCUCCUCUCUGCCUCACCUCAGACAUAAUCUUGCACUCCUUGGCCUUUGGCCUUCACCAUGCCACGUGGUGCAGAACAAAGUCCUCGGCUGCCAGCAGGCUCAAGGCUAUAGCCCUGCCAGGUCCCUUAGCUAAGCAGGACAUUAUCACCGAGGCAGCCAGCCUGGGGCUUGUGGCCUGAGGCACUGAGCCACCCCACUGACUCAGCCACCUGUCUGCAGAGCAGGCUGGUGAGGUGCUGUAGCUUAUCACCUAGGGUGGACUUUCUGCAGUCCCUCAAGCACCAGCAAAGUUACUACAAGAAUCAGGUGAGCCACAAGUUCCACUGAGCUGCUCUGCUCAGCCUAGUCCCUCUUGGAGCGUUGCUUGAGAGGUGUCUUGUUCUUUGACAUGUCUUCUCCUCCUAGGCUGAUCCUCCCAUGCUCCUACCAAUGUCCCAUGCUCAGCCCUGAGGGCUCAGGAAUUGGUUCCUAAGGCACCACCAAAGCAGGCUGCUUUCCCUUUCAUGUAUUCCCUGCCAGGCACUGCCCCGGGGCAUCCCCCACAUUAAUGGGGCACUUUGCUGGGACCAGUGGAGGCCCUGGUGAGCGCAGGCUGGGCCUGACCCAGGCAUCCACCUCACUCCAACCCAGAUCACUGCCCCAGGCAGGUCUGAUUGCCAGUUGUGCGAAUAGGCACAAGCCUUCCUCCCCUGGGGCUGGAGCCCCCAGUGCCACAAUGAAGUUUGUCACUUUUUACUUGACUCCUCUGUUCCCAUUCCUGUAGCAAUAAACAACCCCCGUGAGCCAUCCAGCACUGGUCUCAAUGCCCAGUGAGCUCCUCCCCAGCAGUGGUGGCUCUGCUCUCUGCUGCUGGGCUGAUGGAGUUGCUUUCUUGCAAGAGCUGUUCUCUGUGACUGGCAGGUGAGCUCCCCUGUUCUUCUACUCCAAACUGAUGGCAAGGGAAGCUCUGAUCCAAACCAAAUUGUGAUCCUUGGAGACAGCAUCUUUUGCUGCCUCCCUCCUCCCAAGACAAGGCAGUGGAGCCUGCCCACUCAGCUCCUGGAAGAUGCUGGUCCCUGCUUUUUACCUUAUUCUUCAGCCUGGGAAAGGGGCCCCUCACCUUCUCCAGUUGCUGCACAGCCAUAGGGAUGGCCCCAGAACAGCUGCCCCCCACUAGGGAGGCUGGGCAGGUACCCAAAUCUCCCUCUAACACGUGCUGUUGCCUAUCCACGACCCUAGUCCCACAGCACAAGUUCACAGGUGGCACCAAAUGUAAACCUUUCUGUGCACCAGUGUGCCGUCAACCCCCUGCUCCACUUGAGGCCAGCCUUGUUCUCGUGGUGCAAGAGCAGGGUUAGGGGGAAGGGAAGAAGUCUGAAUAAAACCAAGACUAAUUCUCAGCCUCAAAGCAGCAGGUGUCUCUGGCUCUAGCAUCACUUACUAGAAAAAAUGAUUUAUUUCCACAAAACAAAUUUAUCAAACA